GUGAAAGGACUUCCUGAAUCUGUCAGCUGGCGCUUCCUGUUGCCAGCAGCUUAUUCCUGUUCUAACUUCUCUAAUCCAGCCCUGGUUCCUCUAUUGGCCUCUUUGUGUUUGAAUGAACUGAACAAAACCAACUAACUCAUCGUGUUUACAAAUAAAGAAACAAACAGAUUAAUAAACUCAGAUUAUACAUUUUAAUUCGCUCUAAAGUUUCCCAAACAGUAAAUAUGAAUCUUUUAAAGGACUCAAAUUAUCAGCAGUGACUGCAGAGUCUCUACAGCUUCAGGCUUCUCUGUGAUGUGAUUGGAGGAGCUUGAACCAAUCACAUCGCUCUCAGUCAGAAAGGGGCGGAGCCUUUCAAAGAAACAAGAAGUUCCACCAACAUCUUCCCAGAAGCCCAGAGCAUCACAGAGACGGGGAGCGGCGCUGGAGCUCAGCAGGACAGCAGAAUGGAGGGAGUGAGCGAGGAUGACCUCUGCUGGCUGCAGCUGGAUGACUUCAGGAUGCUGCUGAUUAAAACCAUCGACCCGUCCAGAAUCACUCCUUACCUCCGCCAGUGCCAGGUGAUCAGCGCUGAGGAUGAGGAGCAGCUCUUCAACGACCCCGCCCUGGUCAUCCGCCGGAGGAAAGUCGGAGCGCUGCUGGACAUGCUGCAGCGGACCGGGAUGAAGGGGUACACGGCGUUCCUGGAGAGCCUGGAGCUGGACUACCCGCAGCUGUACAGCCGGAUCACGGGGAAGGAGCCCAACAAGACCUUCAGCAUCCUGAUCGACACGGCGGGAGAAUCGGGCCUGACCCAGUUCCUGAUGUCGGAGCUGAGCCGCCUGCAGAGGGUGCUGCAGGACGAGCGGAGGCGGCGCCAGGAGGCCUGCUCCGUGGCCCAGGAACAGGAGGCGUGGUCCCGGCAGCAGAAGCUGAAGGAGCGGGAGCUGAAGAAGCUGACUGAGCGCGUGCAGAAGCUGCGUGAGGAGCGCGAGCAGCUGACCGAGGAGCUGAAGAAGCUCCGCCUCCACAACUACAACCUGAUGGCCGACGUCACCAGCCUGACGCAGGACAAGAGCAACGCCCUGCUGGCCAAUAGGGACCUGCAGAUAGAGGUGGAGCGUCUGAAACACACGGUGCUGCGGGCGGAGAGCGAGACCCGGCUGCUGAAACGGAGGACCGUGAGGCCGCUGCAGCAGGAGGAGCAGCAGGAGGCGCCGCCUCCGGGGAAGCAGCAGGAGGAGCUGCAGGAGGAGAAGAAGCCGGACAGGAGGGAGGAGCUGAAGGAGGGCCAGCGGCUCGGCCGCGCGUCUCCGCAGAUGAACCUCCUGACCACCGUGUUCAGGCUGAGGAGGGAGCUGCACAAGGCCGAGGAGCAGAGGGCAAAGAGCGUGGAGGAGAAGGAGGAGCUGAGCCUCCGCUGCGCUCAGCUGAAAGGAGACGCCAAGAUGUACCGGCAGCAGAGCAAGCAGACGGUCCGGCAGCUGGAGGAGGUGAUCCGAGAGAGGGACAAGGCUCUGGUGGCGCAGGCGCAGCAGCAGGAGGAGGCGCGGCUCCACCUGCAGGAGAAGGACCGGUACAGGGAGCGCGUCCGGCAGCUGGCCGAGAAAACAGACAAGCUGGAGCUGCUCCUGCUGAGGUCACAGGGGGAGGAGCUCCAGCUGAGGACACGCCUCCGCAAGAUGACCUUCAACUCCCAGCAGUUUGAGAGGAACUUGAGCAGCGAAGAAGACGAGGCGAGCGAGAGCGCCGCUAAAGGCAGCAGCGAGGAGGUUCCCAGCGGGACGUCGGGGGAGAACGAGGAACCGGCCGCUCCGCCGCAGGAACACGGCCCUCCAGCAGGGGGCCCCAGGGAGUCGGACCACAGGCCCAACAAUGUUGCAUCAUGGGACGAGCAGCCGGACGGCGGAUUCUUCACGCUAAGUCGGCCCAACUUCAGGAAGCGAGCCCUGAGGUCAAAGUUCCCCAGCGGAGAGUCGGUGGCCUGUAACGUGGGGGACAGCACCGGCAGCGAGUCGGACUGAGGUCGGUCCACUGGUUCUGACCCAGCAGCAGACUCGGUUCUGAUGAGGAUCCGGUUCGGUUCUGACGACGUUUCACCAAAACAAACUAAUGUUUCCUGAUCUGAUCUUUUACAACUUCUGAAACAUUUUCUGUUUCUCUUCAGAUAAAUAAAUGUUUUAUUUCUGAGAAACUGAA